CUUAUUUACGAAAAUUGAAAUGGAAAUAAAAUAAAAUAAAAUGACAAACAAAUUAAUAAAUAAAUAUAAAUACCGAAUCAUCAAUCGCUUAUCGCCAUCAUAAAGUGCACAGAGAAAAUAAAUAUCUAUAAAAUCGUAAAAUUGAAAUUAAAAAUAAAAUAAACUGUUGUCUGAAAGCUGUAACUAAUACCCCUGCUCCCUGCACUCCAAUAUAAUAUGCUGAAUAGCCGGAGCCCCCCUCAGUACAAGCAGCAGGCAAGGGGGGGCUCCGUUAGCUCCGCCAGCUCCACCAGCUCCGUAAACACCUCGGGCUCUACGGCCUCCUUGCUGGGCCAUUAUCAAACAACCUACGAACAUCAAGGACACUCACACGCCUGCUAUCAGCAUCAUCAGCAACAGCAACAGCAGCAGCAGCAGCAGCAAGCCCAGCGACAGCAACAGAAUCAGCAGCAGCAUCAUCAUCACAGUGGCCGCACCUCACUGACACCCACAAUGAAGCGGGGCAAGAAGCAGUGGGGCACCAGGGAGCGAUCCGGCAUGAGUUUCCUCAUUGUCAUUACCUUCUUUGCCGUCUUCGGGCUGAUCAUCUUGACCGAGGUCUUCAUGAUCGACGACCGCAUGCACAGCGGCACACGGCAGGUCGGUGGCGGUGGCGGCCUGCUCGGACGAAUGGGCGACUCGAUGCCCGAUUAUGAUAAUGUUAAGGAAGACUACGAUCUACUGGAUGACAGCAUUCUGAGUGAUAAUAAGUUAGGUUUUGUACAGCUUCGUGACAAUAAACUAAAAAUUCAAGAAGCCGCAGGCGCCGAUGGUCAACGCUCGGCCGGCAUGCUGCUCAAUGGCGCCAGAGUUGGAGCUGCAGCUGGACAUGGACCUGGACCUGGACCUGGCGGCGGCACUGGAGUGGGUGCAUUUGGUGUGAAUGUCCCGCUUAUACCCUGGGGCCAGAUGCUGCCCGACAAGGUGGAGGAGACGCUGCCCCACUUUCCAUUUGGCACGGCGCCCAGCGAUGGUGCCUGGCAAAUUGUCAACGGCACCCGCUUCAAGUUCUUUGUGUACUCCGCCUACUUUGAUCGGCGCGAGGGAGCACGUCUGGUGCGCAUUGUCGGUGCCACAAAGACACGUGGUCCAGAACGUGUCUGGUGCCGAUUCUGGUUCGGUCCGCCCCCCGCCAACGGCACUGAGCCAGGGGCAUCCGCAUCCCGUGCCAAAUAUAACUCAGCCACAGUGAUGGCCCGCGUCAAGAUCAUACGUGAGAACUGGAACCUGAAGUACAGCGCCUGCUUCAUCCUCUGCCCGGUGCGAGCCCCACCCCUGGAUGCACCACGGUAUGUGAGCGUCGUGUCCCGGCUUCGGGCGCCGCCUGGCAAUCUGCUUACACUUCGCAACACUGAUCAGGAUCGGGACUUUCCACCGCAUCAGCGUAAUGCGAGCGGCACUGGCGACAGCAAAAGGGGAAAUGUGCCGCCUCGGGCGCCGCCCAGCGGCGAUAAUAUACCCGACCGCAUAGCCGUCUGCGUGAAGCCUUUCCAUUUUAACUACGACAAGGCGCUGUAUCUGAUGGAGUACCUGGAGUUCUACGCCCUGCUCGGAGUCUCGCACUUCACCUUCUACAAUCACACUCUGGGACCGCACGCCUCCUGCGUAUUGCAGAGCUAUCAGCAGGGCCUGGUGCCUGGGAACCUGACCGCCUUCGAUAUGGAGCCGGCGAGCCUGGCGAACAAUGCCACGCCAAAAGUGUUCAAAUCGCUGCACUACCAACGGCCCACGGUCAGCAUUCUGCCGUGGAAUCUGCGCAUGCGCAGUCAGAAGGAGAUCCGCACCGAAGGCCUGUUCGCGGCCCUCAACGACUGCCUCUACCGCACCAUGUACCGAUACAAGUAUCUGGCUCUCGUGGAUCUGGAUGAGUUUAUUGUGCCGCGCUACUCGGACACCCUCAACGAGCUCAUUGGCUCCCUGAAUCAACGCUUUCGCAACCGCAACACCGGAGCCUAUUCCUUCCAAAAUGCCUUCUACUACCUUCAGUUCACCGACGAUCCGCUGGCCAGUUCCGGAAUCGUGGGAGGCAAUGAACAGCUCGCCAAUGUACGGGCAUCGCUGGUAACCCAACGCAAGACGCGCAGGCGCUUUAAGCUGCAUCCACAAAAGCAACGAUCCAAGUACAUCUGCAAGCCAGAGGCCGUGGUCGAGGCGGGCAAUCAUUUUGUGUGGGAGUUCUCACCAGGCCAGGUAUCCCUCAAUGUGCCCCCCAAGGAGGCCAUUUUGCAGCAUUAUCGUGUGUGCGAGUUCGGUGGCAAUGACUGCAUUAAAGCCCCAUCCGUGGUAGAUCGUACGACCUCCAAGUAUGUGAACCGCCUGGUGCAGCGGGUGGAGACCGUGUACCGCCAUCUGCGUCAGCGCUGCGAUCUGCCAGCACUGCCAACGAUGCCACAGCCCAGACCCAAAGAGGCCGAUGCACAGCCCGAGAUGCAGCCCAACGAGAAGCCAAAGGCACUGCAUCAGAUACUGCAUCAGGCCCGGGCUCAAGAGAGCGCAACAACGAAGCCAAGCAAGGCCCCACCCGCGGGAUCCACAACCAGAACCACAACGACUACAACGACAAAAAGGACGACGACAACAACGACAACGAAGAGAGCGGAAGUGAGGAAAGAGAAACCGAUCCCAGAGCCAGUGCCAGUGCCAAUCUCGACGAGCAGCACAACAGGGACCACGGCAGCGGCACCCCUGAAGCAACCGCAUCACCAGUCGUCCAAUGUGCGCAAGAAACGAAAGCUGAUCGUAUUCGAAGUCAACGAUUUUGGGUUGCCCGUGGCCAGGGUGGAGUAUCAAUGAGUGAGGGACUGCACUGGCAACAUUUAACCGCAGUCCGUGCUUUCGUUUCUGUGCCAAUGGGUGGAGUCUGGGAGUCCAUUUUGGUUGUGCUUCAGUGCGGUUGUCUGACCACAUUUAUCCAUUGCCAACAUGCUCAAUAACGCAAUCAACAUCGACCCCCUUCUGAAAGAUGUUUUGCUCACCUUAAAAAGAAAAGGAAAUCCGCUUCAGAAUUAAGUUCAACCAAAGCAAUGGCUUUAAAGGUGGAAAUUAUAUAUAGAUAAAUAUAUACAACGUACCCCGUAUAUACAUACACAUACCAGUCCCUAUAUGUACAAUGAAUCGUACAAUUUGAUGUAAGCUGUAUUUUACAUAGAAGCUUGAUAGAAGACUCCAAUCCACAUAUACUGAGAACUAAUUGGUAAGCACUAAGAUAAAUUUCAUUUGGUUGUAUUAUGGAUAGACAUGAUAUUAGAAGCAACUC